UCAUUAAUAUUGAUAUCCAACGUCUUUAUAAUCAGACUACCUAUACACAGUAUCCAUAGACAUUAUUCACAUGAACAAUGUAUCCAAGGCAACAAGCAGUUACGCGAUUAAAGCAAUUGACUCAAUUAAUUAGGAACUACAGUUCCGCUCGCUUAUGUGAAAAUAAAGAAAAUUUAAUUCUUGACAUACAAAAACAACAGGAAGUAUUCCCGCUGGUAUGGCUAAGAGAUAACUGCAAAUGUACGUCUUGCUUUCACGAACAUUCAACGUCCAGAAUAAUUAAAUGGAUUAAUUUUGAUACAUCCCCGAAGGUGUCAACGAUAGAGAUUACGAACGAUAACAAUUUAGUUUUGCAAUGGCACGACAAACACAUUUCAAAGUUUAGCAUUGACUGGUUAAAAGAACGCAGCUUCAGAGAAGAUUCACAACAAAAGUAUUUGCAGGAAAAUUACAGACCGGCAAGAAUACCUUGGAGUCAGGAGACCUUCGAUGCCGCUAGAAAAGUAUAUGAGUAUGAAGAUAUUAUGAAAAAUGACCACGCUUUGUAUAACUGGUUAGUUGAUUUUGCCCGCUAUGGCAUGGUUUUCACACGAAACGCUCCCAAUGACAACCACGCAGCAGCCAAAGUUGCAAACAGAAUUGCGUUUAUUAGAAAAACACAUUAUGUUGAAGAAUUUGAAGUACGUCAUACACCAGGAACCUCAAAUGUAGCCUAUUUAUCUGGUUCACUUCAACUUCACACUGAUUUGCCGUACUACGAGUAUGUGCCUGGAGCUAUUAUACUACAUUGUUUAGUACAGACAGAUGGUGAAGGUGGGGAUAGUUUGCUCUCUGAUGGUUUGUACCAUGCGGAAAAGUUGCGUCAGGAAAACAAAGAAGCUUUUGAUUUAUUGAGUAGUGUGGAAGUGAAUUGGCUUGAUAUUGGAAGCGAACAUGGAGAUAAAUAUCAUACGAUAUUUCGGUGUCCUGUGAUAAGAUUAGACCUGCAAGGUAACAUUGAUAAGAUUCAUUACUCUGUCCCACAAAGAGAUUCACAUUUCACAGUGGAUGUAAAGCAUGUCAAACCAUGGUACGAAGCCCUGAAACUGUUUGUAAAUUCGAUUACACACGGUACCAGUAAAUUGAAAUUGCAACCAGGUGAACUUUUGGCAGUGGAUAAUGUAAGAUUAUUACAUGGUCGGACUUCUUAUCAGGAUAGUGAUAAAACGGAAAGGUAUUUGAAAGGUGUAUACAUAGACUGGGAUGAACUUUUUUCAAAGAUGAGGGUUCUGAAAUCUCAAAAAUAGAGUUUUUAAAUCAAUUUUGCAGGUAAUUGCUUUGAAGGCGAACUGAUUAACUAUGGUUCCCAACUACUUCUCAAAUCACAGAAUUAAAUGCAUUUAUUUAUGAAGAUCCUAGAUCGCUUAGGUAUUUUUAUGAAACCCGAAAAGGAAGGCUUUUAUAUAAAAAUAAACCACAAUUUUUCGUU